AUGAGUGGUUACAACAAUUACCAACACAAUCCUGGCGGAGGAGGUAGAUCCAAGACAGAGGAUGGGGAUAGAAUUGAUGAAUCUGAUAGAUCAUCGAGAGUGGAUUCGCAGAUAAAGAUGGCAGACUUGCAUGCGCAGAUUCAAUCACUGACUGCGCAGGUUACAUAUUGGCGUGAUCUUUAUACACAAAAGAUUCGAUCAGAUUCAAUAAGUCAAUCUCAUGACCAGCAGUCUGGGCAGUCGCGACAGUCACCACGAGUUCAAGACAUUACAACAUCUCAAGUAGCUCCAUCUUCGAAACGACAGCAGUCUGGACAACAACAGUCUGGUGCACCACCACAAGAUCAAGACACUCCAUACCCUAAUCCUCAGAAACCGCAACAAAUUGAUGCACCUUCACCGAACCUUGCAAUGCAGCUGGAAGUUGAACCACCCCCCGCUGUUCAAUCUCAGCAGCCGAUAUUCAAUCCGCAUCCAAAUCGGGGACGAAUUCAACAGUCGCUCGAUUGCGUAUGUGGCAAUUGCGGACAGUCUGGGCACGAAUUAAAAUGGUGCAAAGGGCCCGUUAACAAAGAUGGGUUCAUAGACGGAUGUCCAAUAUGCAAUUCCACGAGUCAUACUUAUAUACAAUGUUCAAUGGCAGCGACCAAUGACAGCCCUCUCCGAGCUUAUCUUCUCCGGUUAAGAAACAAUAAACCGCCGUUAAGAUAUCCUAAGGAUUUCCGAAAUGAAGAAUAUUGGCAAUUCGAACUACGAUUAGCGAGUAAUCAAAAAGUAGAGCCUCGUCGCCCGUGGUCGGUGGAGUUCUCAAAGCAGUUUCAAAUAGAUAACCCGCGUUAUUGGGAGAGCGAGGCUUUUCACAAAAGUGUGAUAGUAGAUCCUGCAUGGGAGAAUAAAAACUCGCCGCCGCCAUUUCAAGGAGAUUUGACAGACGGAAAACUCGACAAACCAACUUCGACACUAGGUCAGACUUACAAUAGACGAGCCGGCGACAACAAUCCCACUCGCAGUCGUUCUCGCUCACCGCAUCGACAACUUGAUAGAUAUUCAGCCAAUCGUCGUGAUCGAUCUGAAGCAUCAGGUGUGCAUCCAUCUUGA